AUGGGCAAAAGCCAACCAUGCGAAGUUUCAACAUGUGAAAGGCCGAUUUUGAAGAUGGUGGCAUGGAUGUAUAAAUACAUAAAAAGCCUCAGAACAGCACUUGCAAGCAUCGAAAACUCAUCCUACUUUUGAAGCAAUACUAUACUCUCACUGCACUAACUUACAAAUUUGUUUUUGUCGUUGAAUUAAAUUAAUUCUCAAUUCUCGAAUUCCUUACCUAUUAUUCCAAACAAUAAUCACUUCCAAAAAUGGACAAUCUCCAGCUCCUCAUAACCUCCAUCCCACAUAAAAUGGAAGGUAUAAACGAGAUACUCCAAAAAGGCCCCUCAAUAUCCUAUUUCAACGCCAUAAACCUCGGAAAAAAGAGUAACGAUGUAUGCUCGACUAUUAAUAAAGCAAUUGCGGUUUAUGAGGUACGACGAGCCGAACCAACCACUCUUAUUUCUUUAACCUUUGUCUUGUUUUCAUGACUGUUCACCCGUUAUGAAGAAGCGAUGUUCAAACAAAAUGUUAACAAAUCUACAGCAAGGAUUUACUCCAAGUGGCCCUGAGGCACAAAGCCUUCUUGAAGCAAUGACAAAAGUAGUUGAUAUGACGGAGGGUCAACUUUCUUUAUUGGUUGAUACGAAACCUGUUUUUGAUAAGUUGUGGGUUGCCGGUACGUUUUAUUCCUACCCUUUCCUCUCUGUCACUACUCUAUCUUUCCUCUCCUUAUAUAAAGCGAAUCAAAAAACCCUCGACGACUGUGGUCCAGCAGAGUGUAGUCUCUUAAGCACUAUCUCAAAAGAAAUUCUAAUCACCCAUCUUUCAACAGGCUUGGUAAAAAAGGACACCGCUUCCCUCCGAAUCGCUAGCGCAAAUUUAUCACAAAUGAUGAGUGCAGUAGCACCGGAAUAUAUGAAAUAUGAUAGCGAGGCAUUGGAAGAAAGGAGAAGGAUUGCUUUUGAGCGGGCUUUGUAUGUUUAUCAGUGAAGAAUGGGGACCCGGCGGUGGAGUGAGGCAGGCAGGGAGUUUUAUAAGAUCGGGCUAUCGAAGGAAUGAAAAGGUUAAUGAUCCAAUUGGUUGUCCAUCUAUUUGCCAUCGCUGCUCAUAUCCCAAUCCUCUCA